AUGUUCUUCUGGGGCAGCUACAACUUCCAGGCGCCGCAGCUGGCGGAGCACCCGAACCGGCCACCGCUCCGCUUCCCGGUGUACAUGCCGCCUGCCCCAUCCAUGAUCAGCAGCAGUACCAGCAGCGGCGGAGACGACAACGAGGAGAAGCUGCACCGCAUUGAUGAACGGCAGGUCGUGGUGAAGUCGCUGGCGUGCGGGCAGAAGCACAUGGUGGCGGUUGCGGCGAUUGCAGAGCACCGUGCCGCACCAACUGCGACCACCAGCGACGAUGGCGCGAGUUGCGGCUGGGCCGUCUACGGCAUGGGCAGCAACCACAGCGGCCAGCUCGGCCACCGCGUGCCGGAGUAUACCACCACGCUCACCAAACUCCACUUCGAGGAGCUCUUGUCAUCUGGCACUGGCGUUCGCAGCCUCGCGUGCGGCAACAAGCACUCACUGCUCUGUACCACGAGCGGUACUGUCUUCGCAGCGGGUGACAACAGCUGUGAUCAGCUUGGCGUCACGGCGAAAGUGGACGGUUUUGCCCCGGUGGGUGGCCUGGCGCACGUCAAGGCGGUGUACGCCGCGGGCAACGCGAGCUUCGCGCUGGACGAGAAGGGGCAGCUGUACGCAUGGGGUGAGGCACAGUACGGCCACCUCUGCCACGGCGACACUGGUGAGCGCAUGGACGCGCGCACAUUGCAGACAGUGAAGACAAAUGUGGCGGUGCCGACCCUCGUGCAGUGGUUCGUGCGCCACCACAUUGUCAUUGUGGAGGUGUCGGUGGGCCGUGCACAUGUCGUGUGCCGUAGCAGCGACGAGGUGUACACUUGCGGCGAGGGCUUCUACGGCAAACUCGGCAACGGCAGCGUUGCGGCGUCGCUAACGCCGUUGCGUGUGAGCUUCCCUAACCGCGCGCACCCCGAACAGCUGUGCGGCGUUGCUGCAGGCGACGACCAUACGCUCGUACUGCGCGAGUCACCGGUGGUGGGGGCGGUGGUGUACCACUUUGGCCGCAUGAGCAACGGCGACGGGCAGCUCACGCCGAUCGUCGUGGCGGCCCCGGCGAGCAUCACACGCAUUAGCGCUGGGCGCGGGACCAUAUCGCUCGCCGUGACGAGGGAGGGGCGGCUGUGCGUGUGGGGCAAGCACGGCUACGCAAGGGUGAGCAACGGCACACCGGCCGACGCGAAGCGCAGCAACGCGGUGUUGGUGGCAGCGCUGGAAUCGUUUGUUGUUACGGACGCGGCUGUCGGUGGCACGUUCAUAGUCGCAGUUGCCGCCAGCCAGCGCACCAUUGGUGGCGUCGACGGGGUGGAGAUGCAGGAGCAGACGCCACCAGUGAGCAGUGACAACAAAGAUAACCACGAUGAGAAUGGUGCCAGCAGUAGUAGUAGUUGCGCCCGAAGGUGGGAUAUCGUUGUCCCACAAGAUGAACGCGUUGGCCACCGUGGUACGGAGGGUGCAGAUGAAUCAUACGAGGCGGCAGUGCACGCAUUUCUCACGCAGUACUUGGGCCCUGCACUCGUCUCCGCGUACGUCGCGCGGAUCCCGGCGGCGCCGCCACUCACCGACCACAACGCCAAUGCCUUUGUGCCGAUCGGAGUGCACGCCUUGACGGUAGGGCAGAAGCUGAGGUUGUGGAUGACGGACGUGUAUGCGCUCGGUACAGUCGCUGAGGUCCUACCGGAGGCCAACAGCAGCAACGAAGAGCACAAUGCCAGCACCCGUGCUGAUGCAAACAGCACAGAUAAUGCCAGCACAAAUGGUGAGGCCCACAAAGGGUGCCGCAUACGCAUUGCAUGGCAGCGAGACGACUGGCACGACGAGGAGAUUACGCUCCAUUCUGAUGACGAGACACUCGACGAGCACAACCCCAAUCGAUGGCAGCCACUGUGGUUCCUGCGCAACCCGAAUAAGCACGACGAGUACGUCCUCGACAGGUGA